GGGCGUAAGGUUGAAGUUCAAAGUUCGGGACGAAGAUGUUUUAAAAGUCUUCGAGAUGUGUUGAGCUCUACUGCUCCAUCUUCAGCACAUAUUCAAAGCAGCCUCAACUCCAAUGCUAAUCGGACAACGAGGAUAAAAUCGCAUUUAGAGUAAAUGCGUAUCGCUUUGUUUGGCUUAAUUUUCCGUGAGCAGGAACUCCGGAAGUGGAUAGUGGCCGUGUUGAUGUCGAGGCAGCAUCUUUGCGAGGCUGCACAGUUGAAUAACAUAGCAACCUAGCUAGCUAGCGCUGACCGAGGGUAGAGGUAACCAGGCGUGUUAUAAUACACAGUUUCAGCUUAAUAGUAAACCGAUAGCUAUGGGAUUGCAAUUGUGUAGUUAACGUACACAUUAAGUGACAAUAUGUCAGCUUUGUUGUUGCAGCAUCGUGCUGCCCUCUGUAGAAAACACAGUAGAGCUUUGUUGUGGACACUGUCCAGACGAAACUCUCAUUUAUUGGCAAAUAAGUCGGCAUCCAGCAGCAGUGUUAAUAAUGUGCUGUCCAGGUGGGAUAGCGUCACAGAGAUGCUUCUAUCGAAGUCAGUGCGGACACUUACAAGCCAACCACAGAGAGUCAUUCAGAGUCUUCUCCACAGACCCUUGGGUCCGGCCAUGGUGGGAAUCAGCAAGGAGUUAAUCAGGAACAGCCUGUUGAGGAACCCUGUCGGUGUGGCAAAUCUGUUAGGGGCAACAAACUUCUUCAGUACGUCUCAGUCUAAUCAAGAGAAAAAUAAAGGUAAUGGACCAAAGGGAAAAACUCCAGAGGAAGAUGAAGAUGAGAAGAAGCGCCGAGAGCAGAAUGACCAGAUGUCCCGGGAGCGCGUGCGGACCCUCAUCAUUAUAGCAGUCGUCAUGUCGGUGUUGAACUUGAUUAAUAGCAGUGGCGGUAACAUCUCCUGGAAUGACUUUGUCAACGAGAUGCUGGCCAAGGGAGAGGUGUCACGUGUGCAGGUCAUUCCCGAGAGUGACAUUGUAGAAAUCAACCUUCAUCCUGGAGCAGUCAUCUUCGGAAGGCCGAGGCUUGCGCUCACAUACAGAAUGCAGGUCGCCAACAUUGACAAAUUUGAGGAGAAGCUGAGAGCUGCUGAAGAAGAGCUGAAUAUUGACGUCAAGGACAGGAUACCGGUGUCUUACAAACGCACUGGAUUCUUCGGGAAUGCAAUCUACGCUCUGGGAAUGGCUGCUAUUGGCGUGGCCAUUCUCUGGUAUGUCUUUCGACUCGCAGGCAUGGGUGGCAGAGAGGGCGGCUUCAGUGCUUUCAAUCAACUGAAGAUGGCCAAGUUCACCAUCGUGGACGGCAAGUCGGGUAAAGGUGUGAGUUUCAAAGAUGUAGCAGGCAUGCACGAGGCGAAGAUGGAAGUAAAGGAAUUUGUUGACUACCUCAAGAAUCCAGAACGAUACCUCCAGCUGGGAGCCAAGGUUCCCAAGGGUGCACUGCUGCUCGGGCCUCCAGGCUGUGGGAAGACCCUGCUGGCUAAGGCUGUAGCCACUGAGGCCCAGGUGCCCUUUCUGGCUAUGGCUGGCUCUGAGUUUGUGGAGGUCAUUGGAGGCCUGGGUGCUGCGAGAGUCAGAAGUCUGUUCAAAGAGGCUCGAGGCCGAGCGCCCUGCAUCGUCUACAUCGACGAGAUCGAUGCUGUGGGAAAGAAGCGCUCCAACAACAUGUCAGGCUUCUCCAACACAGAAGAGGAGCAGACCCUCAACCAGCUGCUGGUGGAGAUGGAUGGAAUGGGAACCACAGACCAUGUCAUCGUCCUUGCUUCCACCAACAGAGCUGAUAUCUUGGACAAUGCUCUAAUGAGACCAGGCAGACUGGACAGGCACAUCUUUAUAGAUCUGCCCACACUGCAGGAGAGGAAGGAGAUCUUCGAGCAGCACCUGAAGAUCUUGAAGCUUACCCAACCAGCUAAUUCCUACUCUCUGCGUCUGGCUGAGCUCACGCCAGGCUUCAGCGGUGCGGACAUUGCUAACAUUUGCAACGAAGCUGCCCUGCAUGCUGCCAGAGAGGGGUACAAGUCCAUCGAUACCUUUAACUUUGAGUAUGCAGUGGAGAGAGUGAUAGCAGGAAGUGUAAAGAAGAGUAAGAUCCUGUCUAAAGAGGAGCAGAGGGUGGUCGCCUUCCAUGAGUCUGGACACGCCUUGGUGGGAUGGCUGCUUGAGCACACAGAGGCCGUGAUGAAGGUGUCUAUUGCCCCGCGGACUAACGCAGCCCUGGGAUUUGCCCAGAUCCUACCUCGUGACCAGUACCUGUUCACCAAGGAGCAGCUGUUUGAGCGGAUGUGUAUGGCACUAGGAGGAAGAACUGCAGAGGCCAUCACCUUCAACAAAGUUACAACAGGAGCUCAAGAUGAUUUACGUAAAGUGACACGUGUGGCAUACUCCAUGGUGAAGCAAUAUGGCAUGUGUGACGGCGUCGGCCAGGUCUCAUUCCCGGAGACAGAGGAGCAAGGUGCCGUUGGACGUCGUCCUUUCAGCCAGGGUCUACAGCAGCAGAUGGACCACGAGGCUAAGUUGCUGAUAGCCCGUGCUUACAGGCACACAGAGAAGCUGCUCCUGGACAACAAAGAUAAGCUAACGCUGUUGGCCAAUGCACUGCUAGAGCGUGAGGUGGUGAACUAUGACGACAUUGAAGCCCUGCUGGGUCCACCCCCUCACGGGCCCAAGAAGAUGAUCGCCCCACAGAGCUGGGUGGAGGCUGAGAGGGACAAACAAGACACGGGAGAAGAUGAACCUCAGCCACCUCCCCGCAAAAACAGAGAGGACGAAGUAGAUCCGCAGCUCGCCUGAUCUUAAAAUGUAUGUCUCAGAAUAAUUUUCCACCAGCCACAUUUGGUGGGGGUCAUCAAGGGCUGGGUGAGUUUUCUUAGCCUGGCAUAGAUUCGGCACUUUGAAACUUCGUAUGCCCACACAUAAAAAUUUGCCAAGUUUCUUUAAAAUCUGCAAUCCAGAGUUUUUGUGCAAACAUAAUUUCUAGUGAGCCCUGACCCAUAAUCUGAAGCCAUGUUCUUAUGUCAUGGAAACAAUAGAAAGAAUUCUAUCUAGAUGUGCAAUAUGUAAGAAUCUUAGCGGAAAACACUCGAAGAUAAUGAUAUUUCUGUAUUGUGUUGAAGAGACACCUAUAGAAGUUGGCAUGACAACCAGUCUAAAGCUCCCAUGUUAGUGGUGGCAGCACCAACACUCCCCUGGUCCACCAAGCUUACAUUCUGGACCACUAGCUGCAUCGCGAACUGGUCAAUGGCAUUUACAUUUCACAGCGAUUAGCAGUUACGCAGGUGAUAUGCUUCAUCCUGUCUGUUUUGAGGAUGGAUUCGAUAGAUGGCCAAUUCUUACAUAUUGUACCUUUUUUAAGUAGCCCGAAGUGCAGAUGGUAUAGAAAAGCCCUUUAAUCAACACUUAUAUUAUGCAAAAUCAACAUAUGCUCUGUCUUAAGCAUACUGUAGCAUAUAUAGGUGUGGAUUCAAGUACUGCUUCUGAGUAUUUAUGUUAUUUCACUUCUGCAAAUGACAAAGCAAGGGAGCAGCUAGCCAUUUGAAAAUUGAAUCAUACUAUUGACUUCUGUUGACUUUAGGGGUGACUGUUUGUACAUACACCAAAUUUAUUUGCAUUAAUUCAGGUGAUGUGCAUCUGUACAGACAUAUUAAGGUCCACAUUAUUGUGUUUGGUAUUCAAGUGAGAUGCGGUGAGGACUUAAAUCAAACUGUAGUAGGUUGCUGUGGAUAAAUACACAUUCAAAUGUGUACAUGUGAGGAAACAGCAUUUUAUUUUUUUGAGGCUGUUUCAUGUUAAUGAUUAAACGGCUGAUGUUACUCACCGUGAGACAUAUAUAGUGAUAGCAGAGUUGAUGUAUUCUUUGAAAAAAAGUCUUUGUAUUAUGGGCUGUGAAUACAUUUGAUUGCCACAAGUGAAUGUGAAGUCCCAAAGGAUUUUGUUGCUAAUAUUAAAAUAAAGUUUUAUUUAAAUAUUACUAAUAAUAA